AUGGACUUGAUACGACAAGGCUUCAAUAUUGCCGUGACGCCAAAGCACACCAAAUGGAUAUGCCCACUACUCCUACUCGCAGACACCGCGCUCUGCGGAGUUGUUGUUUGGAAGAUCCCAUACACCGAAAUCGACUGGAAAGCCUACAUGCAACAGGUUUCUCAAUAUGUCUCCGGCGAGCGCGACUACGUCAAACUCCACGGCGACACUGGACCACUAGUCUACCCAGCGGCGCACGUCUACAUCUACCGCCUCCUCCACUACCUCACGGAUUCAGGACAGGAUAUCCGCCUCGCUCAAUACAUGUUCGUUGGGCUGUACUUGACCACUCUGGCGUUAGUAAUGCAGUGCUACGGUCAAGCGAACGCGCCACCCUACGUCUUCCCCCUGCUGAUCUUGAGCAAACGAAUGCAUUCCAUCUUCAUGCUGCGGUUGUUCAAUGACGGCUUCGCGGUCUUCUUCCUCUUUCUUGCCAUCUACUGCUAUCAGCGACGGUUAUGGACUGUAGGUUCACUGGCGUACAGUUUCGGACUGGGCGUUAAGAUGAGCCUACUGCUUGCCCUGCCCGCCGUCGGCAUGGUGUUGUGGCAGGGUAUGGGACGCGAUCGAGCAUUACGGCAAGCCAUGCUUAUGGGGCAAAUGCAGGUACUGCUCGGAUAUCCUUUUCUUGCUGCCAACCCCCGAAGCUACCUCUUCCGCGCUUUCGAGUUCAGCCGCCAGUUCUUGUUCAAGUGGACAGUCAACUGGCGGUUUGUGGGCGAGGAGACAUUCCUUUCACGUUCCUUCUCUAUCAGCCUGCUCGCCGCACACGCCACUCUAUUGGUCGCCUCCCUGAACACACGCUGGCUGAAGCCUAUGAAUGCGUCGUUACCCGGAUCUAUCCGGAAUCUGCUCACCCCACCACCAGCACAAGAACAAGCCAAGAUCGAACGCAGAGUGACGCCGGACUACAUCCUAACGACCAUCCUGACCGCCGUCAUUAUUGGCUGCCUGUGCGCGAGAAGCUUGCACUACCAGUUCUACACCUACAUCGCAUGGUCCACACCUUUCCUCUUAUGGCGAAGCGGCAUGCAUCCAGUGCUGAUGUACGCCAUCUGGGCUGCGCAAGAGUGGGCGUGGAACGUCUACCCUAGCACGAACGCAAGUUCCUUGGUGGUUGUUGCAACACUAGCCGUUACUGUCCUUUCAGUCUGGCUGGGCACGGGUGGCAGGAUCGACAACCAGCCCGCAGAAUCAGGACCAAAGCGCGACGGCUGA